UCCAAUCAGAACGCGGGGCGUAAUCCGAACAGCAUAAAAACUCUUAACUCGGCUCUUGCGGAUUAAUCAGAUCGCAGCAGUAGAAAUCGUCAUCAUCAAAGCUUGUGGGAAGAAAGAGGAAGAUAUCCUGUAAAGUUUGCUUCUUCGGAUACUUCCCGCCGUUUUGAACAACCGCGUUUCUCCCGUGAUCUCUCUAUCCAGAGCUGCCGCCAGCGUAAAUUAAAAUGAGCGCUGUAGUUGCUACAACGAAGGCGAUGAAGCCGACUUUGUCAGUUGAGGAUAUAGAUGAUGAUUCCUCUUGUGGGAAUCACAGCGAAGAAGGACUGAAUUUGUCUGAUUCAGAACCGAAGGAUUCUGGAGUUGACUGUAGUGGAUCAGAACAAGCAUUCGAUAUUCCCGAUGAUGAGACUGCAGAGAAUAUCAUGAAGAUGGUAGAGUUCUAUCUUUCUGAUGCUAAUAUUCUCAAGGAUCCAUUUUUGCUGAAACAUGUUCGUCGCAAUAAGGAAGGUUACGUGAGCUUGAAACUCUUGGCAUCUUUUCGCAAAGUUAGAAGUCUGUGCCGAAACUGGAAAGCCGUAGCUCACAGUGUCAAAAAGUCUCAGAUGCUAGCUCUCAAUGCAGAUGGCACGAAAGUGAAACGUUUGACUCCUUUACCUGACCACGACGAGACAGUUACUUCAAGAUCUAUCAUAGUAUACGGCUUCAAUUCCGAUAAGCCAUCUGUCGACAGUAUCAGCGAGAUGUUUUCUAGUUGCGGAGACAUAGCUCUUGUGAGAAUCCUGAGACCUGGAGGAUCCAUACCUUCUGAUAUUAAACGAUUCCUUUCAAAGAAUCCAGAUGUUCAGGCUAAGAUUUGCGCUCUUGUGGAAUUCGAAGAACACGCUUCAGCCAAGAAAGCCUUGGAAAGCAACCAGUCAUCAGAGAUAAAAGUGAUACCGGUUCUACUAAAGGACAAUAAAACUAAUAAAGCUGAAUCCCCUAAAAAGGAAAUCGCCAAGCCUUCGCCUAAUAACAACGAUUCCAGUGCUACCAAGGAAAGUCCUAAGAAAAAGAAAAAGAAUAGGAAAUCAUCAGCAGACAAAAAAACUAUCGAGAAGCAGAAAAGCAAUCUGCUUGUUGAUGACCCAAAGAGAACGAGACGGAGUGGAUCCAUGAGCUCUCAGAGUUCCGGUUAUCUCUCUUCCUCUCCAGGUAACAACACUGGAAACACUUUCGACAGCAGAUAUCCUAGACGACAUAGUUUCAAUCCUUCCAUCUAUAAUGAUCCAAAUUCAUCUUUCGCAUCGCUGAGCAACCGGUAUAAUGGAUCGAGGGACCGCCUGCAGAAGACUGAGACCGAUACCAUCGAGACUCUCAGCCCUUGGCGCAGGAGACGGGAGCAGAUGAUGCUGUCCGAUUCGAAUUUGACAUCUUCAGUGUCUUCGACGGGCUCCCUGCUGCAGAGUCUUCCAGUCAAAACCAUCCGAGUACCAAGAGGUCCUGAUGGCACAAAAGGGUUCUGUCAACGAGUAAGAGAAAGAUUACCUUCGACAGCAGAAUGAACUUCAGCGUGUGUCACACUUUAUAACUGACAUGAACAUUUGAUGUUCCAAAAAGAACGAUAAGUAUUAACCUCCUAAUUGCAGGACAACCAUGUAGGGUGUACCAUUGCAAGUGCUGAACUAUUUUGUUACCUCGUAGCCAAAUCAUGACAUUCUUCCAAACUGCACGACUAUCAGUAUUUUUAGGACAUUCUCAUAUAGAAAUAUUUGCAGUGCAAGUACAAUAGAAUAAUCAUCUGUAAGUAAUAAUUUUACAGAUUUUUUCCUCUCGAUAUUGCACAUGUGAGAUUUUAAGAAAUAUUAUAGUACAAUAGAGCAAUAAUCUGUAAAUCAGCUGUUUAUAGAAUUAUUUUUUGUUUUAGAUAUUGUACUUUAUAAAUUUAUUUAAUUUUGGAUUAUUUAAUAAUUUAAAUUACCAAUACUUGAUAUUUUGUAAUUUGUUUUCACUGCCAUUGUUACUUACUUAAAUACUUCUGUAUUUUUUUUUUUUUAUUAUUAUUAUUAUUUUUUUUUUUUUCAUUUUUGGUUGAAGAUUUUUAAUAUAGAGUUUUCAAAUGAUUUAGAUUUUAAAAUUAUUUGGUUCAAGAAGAUAAACUGUAUGUCCAUUUAAGCAAUAAAAUAAUUCACUAUAUUAGAUGAUGCAAAAAUUAGUGUAAAAAUUUAUCAUACAUUUUCAAAUUUUCUUGUCGAAGUAUUUUUUUAUAAAAAUGUACAUUUUAAACUUAAUUUAGUUUUUUAAAAAUUCAUGUGAUUGUUUCAAAUCAAUGCAAUCUGUUUAAUGAUACUUCUAAAUUUAUCACCGUAUCUGUAUUUUCUAAAAUUUUAUAAUGCGUUAAGUAUAAAGAUUUUUACAACAUUUCUAUUAUUUUUCAAAUUUCUGUUAAUAUCUGCCUGACUAAUUUAGGUCACUCGAUAUCAGCUGCAAAUGAAUGUAAAGAAAAACUGACGCUCAUCAGUAUUUGUUGUACAUAGUGUAAAUAUUGUUAAAUUAUUUGUUGCACUUGGAUGUUUAUAUUUUACGUUUAUUUUUUACAGUUUCAGAGUUAUGUGUAAAAUACUUAUCUGCAGCCCUUUUGCUUGUUUUAUUGCAGAUCUGUAUUCUGUUUUGGAUGUUUUAAAAUAAUAAAAAUUUGUAUUUAUUUGUUUUA